AUGGCUCGGAACGAGUUCAACAUCGACGAGGCCGAAGACUUUGACGACGGCACGCGCGCCAUCCCCCACGACGCUGCAUCUUCCGACUUAGAUGAGGAGGGUCAGGACUCGACGCUCCUGUGCUCGUCCCGCAAACAGCGACUCCAGGGCGAGCAGCACAAGAGCAACAAACAGCAGCGCGAACCGGCGUCGGCUUUGCGCGUCAAGAACUGGGACGCUGGCGCGUUGGAGAGCCGGGAAUAUGCAGGAAAAGUGGUGGAAAGAAGGGACUUGAUGGACGGUGAAGAAUCGCUGGAUGAAGACUCGACGGCCGAGUGGUCGGAGGCUGAACCUUUUGGACCGUCGGAAGAAGAGAGUGAAGAGGAAGAAGAAGAGGAGGAGGAGGAGGAAGAAGAGAGUGACGGGAGUAACGAUGAAGUGAAGAGUACAGAAAUGCUCAUUCGUGGCUUCCAGAAAGAGGACUCAUUGCGACUCAUGGGCACACAGGAUCGCGACAAGAUUGUGGAGAAAGCCACGCACGUGCGUAAUCAGAAACUGAUCUGGGAGCGCUGCCUCGAAGUACAGAUUUACACGAAACGGCUUUUGACAACGGCAAAGGAUGCGGCAGAGCAGGACGCGACCGACGGGGGGACGACAGAGGAGGAGACGAUGGCGAGCAGGAAGGGACAUGUGGUGGCAGAGCUCUACAAGAGUAUCGACGCCAUUGCGGCCUUGCAGGAGAAGCUGUGCAAUGUCCCUGAGUUGCGUGCGGUCGACGUGCCGGUGAAAAAACGCAAACGCUCAUGCGAUGAGCUGUGGCAGGAAAUUACGACCAGCAGUUGUUCAAUGCUGCCUCAGUACAACGACAUUCUCAGCACGUACACGCGCAAGACAGACCUGAAAGCAGGUGGUAAGCACAGCCAGGCCACCAAGUUUAAGGCUGUGAAUCAAGAUAUCAUCGCGCAGGUGGAGGCAGUGCUGGUGGAUCCUCGGCGAGUGAAGCGAAAGGCACAUGCUUCGUUGGACGUGACGGAGGCGGAUGCCACAGACGGCAGCGAGGAGCAGCUGGAUGAGCUCAUGUACGAUGACUCGGACUUUUACCAGCAGCUCUUGAAAGAGUUCAUCGAGAGUGGUGGAGGUGGUGCUGGUCAGGUGAAGCGCACUCACCGCAAGAAGAAACGAGUGGUCAACCGUAAGGCAAGUAAGGGUCGCCAGUUGCGCUACACGGUGCACUCCAAGCUGGAGAACUUCAUGUUCCCGGAGCCUUAUCCGAGACCGGAAAUGGACGUUACGGAGCUCUUUCGCUCGCUCUUCGGUCAGGUGCGGCAGUAG